AUGGCACCCGGCAUGGUCUCACUCGUUCUUCCCCUCCUCGCUGUCACCAGCGUCGCUCUGGGCGCCAAGUUCUCCCCUUCCGAUCUCACCCGGAAGACGACUUUCGGUAACACGAUCCCUAACAAGUUCAUCGUCGAGGUCGAUGCCGCUCAGGACAUCCCUACCAAGCGGGAGCUCGACAACCGUAGAUCUCACGAUAUCUUCUACGAGCACCUCGAGAAGAGAAGUCUCGGCUUCAAGGUGGAGAAGGAAUUCGACUCUCCUGGACUAUUCACAGGUUCUGUAUUGACGCUUGACAGUGCGCAAGAUGCCUCGAAGGUACUCGCCAUUCCCGGGGUGAAGGCUAUCCGCCCGGUCGUCCUCGUGCCUCCUCCCAAGCAAGUCCACGUUGUUACUGGUCCCGACGAUCCCCAGGUCCCCGCUGAUGGCGAGUCUACCCACGUUAUCACCGGUGUCGACAAGCUACACGCCCAGGGCAUCUCCGGAAAGGGUAUCAAGAUCGGAAUCAUUGACACGGGCGUCGACUACACCAACCCUUACCUCGGCGGAGCCUUUGGUCCCGGCCAUAAGGUCAUUGGUGGCUACGACUUUGUCGGAGAUGCAUAUGGUCAGUCCAAUCAGCACUGUGUCAUUGAGAUCUUAGUAUUGACAACCUUUGCAGACGGUACGAACACGCCGGUUCCUGACUCCGACCCUCUCGAUCAGUGUAACGGGCACGGAAGUCAUGUUGCGGGUAUCAUUGGCGCGGAACCGGUCAACCCGUUCAACAUCAGCGGUGUCGCGUUCGACGCGUCGAUCAAUGCCUACAGGAUCUUUGGAUGCUCGGGUUCCGUCUCCGAUGACAUCAUCGUCGAGGCGCUCCUCCAAGGCGCCAAGGACGGCAACAACAUCCUCACAUUGUCGCUUGGUGGGACUGAUGGCUGGACCGAGGGCACGGCUUCAGUUGUUGCUAGCAGGAUUUCGGAUUCCGGGCGGAUCGUGACCAUCGCAGCUGGCAAUGACGGUUCUGUUGGCUCGUGGUACACUUCUGGCCCCGGAAACGGGAUAGAUGCAAUUUCUGUCGCAUCUGUCGACAACACGAUCAUUCCUCUUCAGAAUCUCACCGUACAUGGCGUCACCCAUGAUCCAAUCACUUACUUCAGUGCGCUUCCUCUCCCUGUCGAAGGCACCCUCCCAAUCUACGCGACCAGCACGGAUGUUACCGUCGCUGAUGACGCGUGCAACCCCCUUCCUGACAGCACUCCCGACCUGUCUAAAUACGUUGUCCUUGUCCGCCGUGGCUCUUGCACCUUUGUACAAAAGUUGACCAAUGUUGCGGCUAAGGGUGGGAAUGUCACCCUCAUCUACGACAACGGCAAUGGCUUCGCUGGCAUUGAGGUUGGCAACUUCACCGCUGUCCUCAUCCAGGCGGCCGAUGGAGUAUUCCUCGCUCAGCAAUUGGCAGCAGGGGCGCCUGUCGCCGUCUCCUUCCCCCAAUCGGGUGCAAGUACCAAUUUCCCCUCCUCGACUGGUGGCCUCGUCUCGACGUUCACCACCUAUGGCCCCACGAACGAUUUCUACUUCAAGCCUGCCGUCGCCGCUCCCGGUGGCAACAUCCUUUCCACGUACCCUGUCCCCCUAGGCACAUUCGCCGUCCUCUCCGGGACGUCGAUGGCCACGCCGUUCGUGGCUGGGGUGUCUGCGCUGCUGUUCGAAGCGCGUGGCACCUCGCCCGCAGUCGGCCGUAUCGCCCGCACGCUCUUCGAGACCACAGCACAGCGUGUGCCGUCGAGCAAGACGGAUGGCGACCCGCUCCAGACUCUGACCCAACAGGGUGCAGGCUUGAUCGACGCGUUCAGGGCUAUCCAUGCGGACGUUCUGGUUUCGCCCUCAGAACUGAUCACUAACGAUACCGCUCACUUCCGCGGCGUUCAAACUUUCACUGUCAAAAACCAGGGCAAGGACACCAAAACCUUCAAGAUCUCACACGUCCCUGCCGGAACAGCUCUCACCUUCCAAGGGGGUGUCCCGGCGGAUGGACCUGUGCCACUCUCCUCGAAGGCUGCAAAUGUCAAGUUUGUCCCCACAUCGUUUACAGUUCAUCCUGGCCAGUCCCAGAGGGUUACGGUCCUGAUCACGCCGCCCACCGGUUUGAACGCCUCCGACUUCCCCGUGUUCUCUGGCUUCUUGGAGAUUUCUAACGCACAGGAAAGCUAUCAUGUCACCUACCUGGGUCUUGCGGCCGCCCUCAAGAACGCGCAGGUUAUCGACAACACCGACAGUUUCUUUGGAGCCAAGAUCCCCGCCAUUGCCGACGCGAGUGGCAACUUCAUCACCGGCCCGCAGAACUUCACGUUCAACAGCACCGACUUCCCGUCCCUCGUCGCGCGUCUCAACUUCGGCACGCCGAAGCUCCGCUUUGACCUCGUCGACCCAAACAUCAAGAUCUCAACGACGUUGAACAGGCGCGAAGAGGACGCAGAGACACACGUGUUCGAACGCUCGCUAUUCAGCUUCCCCUGGGGCCCAGGAUCGGGCUCUUUCGCAAGCGUGAAGACGCUUGGUUCUCUCUAUGAGGGGGACUUCCUACCGCGUAACUCAGAUGUGAACGACGGCACGGGCUUCAACGAACUGUCGUUCACGACCCCUACGUUUGCGAAUGGGACUACGAUCCCCGACGGCUCAUACCGCAUUCUCCUCCGUGCGCUGAAGGUUACGGGCGAUCCGACCAAGGAGGGCGACUUCGAGAGUUGGCUGAGCCCUGUCAUAGGUGUACAGGCGUAA